AAAAAAUGUAUAAGAAUUUAACAUCCUUGAUCUAGAAACCACUAACAUUUCUUUUUAAUAGAACAAUUAAAUCAUUAGUACUUCCAGGUAUAUAAUAUAUAAAAUUUGAAAAUAGAUUAAAAAUCUAAAAGGAAAAGCAAAAAAUAAUAAGGUCUUUCAGCUCUUGAUGAACUGUUAUUUAGGUACACAAAACCUGAUUAACAAUUUCUUGAUGCUAGAUAUGGAUAUAAUGCUUAAUUUAUAGUAUAUGAAACAAAUACAAAUUAUUGCGAUUAAUCCAAAUCAUAUUCAGAUGAGAAUAAUGAAAGAUAACAAAAAAAUUAUAAAAGCAUUGUUCUACCUUUGAUAAUGAUAUAUGGAUGUCAUCUCUAUAUGAAUGAAGAAACUAAAUGUUUUUUUGGAUCUUCAUCUUUAAAAAAAAAUCAAUUAGAUUAAAGAGUUGUAUUGCUUUAGUAUGCAGCAAACAAUCCAAUUGAAGAUAGAUACAAAGUAAAUCAACUGAAGAAUAUUAAUGGUUAUGCAGUUAGUGUUUUUGAUGGUCACGGUGGUUGGUAAUUAGCAGAAUUAGCAAUGAAUAUCUUACAUGAGAAAAUAGAUUAUUAUGUACUUUAAAAUUAAAAUAAAAUAUUGAAUCAGGAUGAUUUAAUUUAAUAAAGUAUAUCAUAAGCUUAUUCUGAUGUGGAAGAAGAAUUUUAUAAAGUUGCAUUACAAGCUUAUAAUAUGGGAUUUCCAUCAGUAGCUAGAGUAGGAAGUUGUGCACUUACAGCUGUUAUUGUUGGAAAUAAAGUAUAUAGUGCUAAUUUGGGAGAUAGCAAAGGUAUUAUUGUGAAUGUGAACACUAAAGGUAAAACUAUUACUAAUAUAUAAUAGCAAAUGAAAAAGCUUAUAAAAAAAUUAAUCAUACUUUGAAUGCAAACUCAAAAAAAGAAUAAAUGAGAUUGAAAUCUAUUUUCUCUGAUGAUGAUAUUGUUGUUUGCAAAAGGGGAAAUAAAAGUUGCUAUGUUAAAGGAAGACUAUAACCUACAAGGUCUUUGGGUGACUUUAGAUUAAAAUUCUAAGAAUUUAACAAUCCGAAAAAUGUGACUGAAGAUAAAGGAUAUUUGAAAUCUAUCUCGAAUUUUUAAGGCCCAUAUAUUAUUGUAUUUUAUAUUUUAUAAUUGUAGUCUACACCAGAUUAAAAAGCAUUCGAAAUUCAAAAAGGAGAUAGAUAUUUAGUUUUAGGGUCUGAUGGAUUAUGGGAUGAAUUAUCAAAAUCCGAAAUCUCAAAAGUAAGAAAUUAAAUCUAUUUUCUAGAUUGUUCAAAAGAAUUAAAAUAAUAAAGAUGAGAUUAUUAAAUAAAUAUUUGAAGAAUCCUUGUCUCAUGCAGCCAAAACAAAUAAAAUGACUGAUGAAGAUAUUAGAAAAAUACCGUUAGGGAAAAGAAGAAAAUUGCAUGAUGAUAUUACUGUUAUUGUAGUUGAUCUUUAAGGUUAAGUUUGA